AUGGAAUCUGAAAAUACAGAAAUGGAAAAUAUGGAAUCUGAAAAUACAGAAAUGGAAAAGAUGGAAUCUGAAAAUACAGAAAUGGAAAAGAUGGAAACCGAGACUAUUUCUUCAGUCUCUGUUCUGCAAGCCCUCUCUAGGAUGCUUAAUCCUGAUGAAGAGGACGAUUUUGACCUUGAACAGUCACAUUGUUCAUCUACUAUUGGAGCCAUGGGUCCUGGGAAUAUUGGACCACCAAAAACAGAAGAGCUCAAAGUCGUCCCUCAAACCAGUCAUCAAAAUAGCGAGGACAUCUGGAAUCCAGAAGAGGUUCCAGAAGGAGCAGAGCAGGAUGACAUAUGGGACAUUAGAGAAAUCCCCGAAUAUGAGAUUAUGUUCAAGCAGCAGGUGGGAACUGAGGAUAUAUUCUUAGGAUUGACAAGAAAAGACUCUUCAACAGCAUGUUGUCAGGAGCUAGUGGUUAAAAUUAAACUGCCAAAUACAAACCCUUCUGAAAUUAAAAUUGAUGUCCAGGAAAUGACCCUUGACCUUCGUACUCCUAAUAAGAAGCUGUUGGUAAUCUUUCCCCAUGCUGUGGAACGCAGCAGUGCCAAAGCAUUUUAUACCCUGGAGACUGAGACUCUCGAAGUCAACGCAACUAUGAAAAGAGAAUUCGAUUUUGUUAAUUUCUGA